UAUCCUGAACGAGGAUCCGUAUAGCAAACACAGACUACAUACUCCUCUGUCCUUCACCACUGAUGUGUGUUCCCCUGUGAAUGGUCUGCUUCCAAAUGCCAGUCGCUGGUAUCGAACGCCUGGAACCGAGUGAUUGCGUGCUUGCGCUCAUACCGAAUAUAUCAAGGACAGCCUAUUCACCAUUUGAUUUGGAUUCGUAGCCUAAAGAAGACACGGAGACAGUAAAUAUAUUUAAAACGCUUGGUACCGUCGAUUAUUUCUGAGAAUUAAACCCGGUUCCAGAGUGGAGGAUGAACACCAUACGACAGGUGCCUUUAAGGGUGAAAAGCAAAAGGACGGAAACGAAUUUAGGAGCUGAGAGAGAGCAUUUCGACAAACAGCAGCUGAGCAGUAUCAGCAAAGCCAUCAACACUGCAGAGACCCCUGUGAAGGAGAAACAUGCUCGCCGGAUUAUUCUUGGGACCCAUAGGGAGAAGGGAGCGUUCACCUUCUGGUCCUACGCCCUGGGCAUCCCUCUGGCCAGCAACUCCAUCCUCAGCUGGAAGUUCUGUCACGUGGUGCACAAAGUGCUCCGCGACGGCCACCACAACAGCCUGCAGGACUGCAUGAGACACCACAGCACCAUCGUGGAGACAGGAGCUCUCUGGGGCAACCUUCACGACAGAUAUGGACAGCUGGUGGCUCUGUACUCUAAGCUCCUCUGUACGAAGAUGGAGUUCCACGUAAAGCACUCGGAAAUCCGAUCCAACCUGGAGGUUACAGACGAGGUCCUGGAACGUACUGCAGGCACAGACAUCAAUAAUGUGUUCCAGCUCACUGUGGAGGUUUUUGAUUACAUGGAUGCAGAGCUGCGAUUGGCUGAGACAGUGAUGCGGCAGCUCAACACGUCCAUAGCCAUCUCCACCCUGACGUCAGGCCAGUGCCGGCUGUCUCCCCUCAUCCAGGUGAUCCAGGACUGCAGCCAUCUUUACCACUUCACCGUCAAGCUGCUGUUCAAGCUGCAUGCCUGCCUCCCAGCAGACACUCUGCAAGGACAUCGAGAUCGCUUCCAUGACCAGUUCCACAGCCUGAAGACGUUCUUCAACAAGGCCAGGGACAUGAUGUUCUUCAAGAGGCUCAUCCAGAUCCCCAAGCUUCCUGAUUCUCCUCCUAACUUCCUGCACGCCGCCUCGCUGGCCAAGCACGUGAAGCCGGUGGUAGUGAUCCCUGACGAGGAGCCAGAGCAGCAGGAGGACGACGAUGACGACCCCGAGCCCCUGAUAGAGGUCAGCGAGGUCAGCACCCCAAGCCUGCAGGCCCAGACACAGCAGUUUGACAUAUUCGACCAGACGUUCGGCCCUCCCAACGGGGGCUUUGAUGACAGGGAGGUCCAGAUCGACGGCCUCAAGCGGGACUUGGAGCUGCUAAGAGCGGAGCUGGAGAGGGUCAAGGCAGAGGCCCAGCGCUACAUCACCCAACUGAAGUCCCAGAUCAACAGCCUGGAGGCGGAGCUGGAGGAGCAGCGCGCCCAGAAGCAGCGCGCCCUGGUGGAGAACGAGCAGCUACGCAUGGAGCUGGAGGCCACACGCAGACGCAACGCAGAGCACGAGACCGUCCAGGUCUCCUUCAUCGAGGCGGAGAAGAGGUCUCAGGCCACAGAGCAGCGCUACAACAAGCUGAAGGACAAACACACAGAGCUGGUGUCCAGCCAUGCUGAGCUGCUGAGGAAGAGCGCUGACACAGUGAAGAUGCUGUCGGCCACCCAGCAGACCCAGGAGGAGGUGGAGAGGACCAAACAGCAGCUGGCCUUCGAGGUGCAGCGCAUCACUCAGGACGCCGACAUGAAGUUCGAAGAGCAGAAGUUUGAGAUGGAGAAGCUGAGGAGAGAGGUGGAGGAGAAGAGGGCGGAAGUGACACGCAUCAAGGGGAGUCUGCAGACCAAUGAGAAGGCGGGGGAGCAGCUGAGCAGUUCCCUGGUCGGCCUGCAGGGGGAGAAGGAGCGUCUGAUGCGGUCUGUGAGCGAGAAGGAGGCAGAGCUGUCGUCGCUGCGCCAGGCGUCCCAGCUGCAGCAGUCCUCCCUGCAGCAGGAGAAGGAGAGGAGCGCCCGGGAGCUGGGUGACCUGCAGGGCAAGCUGCUGGAGAAGUCGAGCCGUGAGGAGCAGCUGAAACAGAAGCUCCUGGAGGAGCAGUUCUCCCUGCUGCAGGGUACGCUGACCGAGGCGGAGGACAUCAUCCAGGAUGCCGUGGCCAAGCUGGACGACCCGCUGCACAUCCGCUGCACCAGCUCCCCAGAUUACCUGGUCAGCCGGGCAGAGGCCACGCUGGGCUCCAUCGACAAGAUGAAGCGCGGCCACUCAGACUACCUGAGGCACAUGGGAGACGCGGGGGGGCUGCUGAGGGCUCUGACCCAGUUCUCCCACCUGGCCGCCGACACCAUCGUCAACGGCAGUGCCACGGCACACAUGGCGCCCACGGACCACGCUGACCGCCUGACGGAGAGCUGCAGGGGCUGUGCCACCCAGAGCCUGACCUUCCUGGCCCAGCUCAAGUCCAAGGCCUCCCUGCCGACUGCAGACCCGGCCUCCAUACGCAUCGUGGUGCAGAAGAUCCUGAACCUGGGCCAGGAACUGCGGCCCAAAGGCAUGGACGUUCGCCAGGACGAGCUGGGGGACAUGGUGGAUAAGGAGAUGGCCACCACCUCCGCCGCCAUCGAGGAGGCCGUGCGCAGGAUCGACGAAUUGAUGAACCAGGCAAGGAUUGAUACUUCCGGAGUGAAAUUAGAGGUCAAUGAAAGAAUCCUCUACAGCUGCACUGACCUAAUGAAGGCCAUCCACAUGCUGGUCUUGGCAUCCACAGACCUGCAGAAGGAGAUCGUCGAGGGUGAGAGGGGCGCGGCCACUACUAAAGAGUUUUACGCGAGGAACUCUCGAUGGACCGAGGGGCUCAUCUCUGCUUCCAAAGCUGUGGGCUGGGGAGCCACGCAGAUGGUAGAGUCAGCUGACAAGGUGGUGCUGCAUACGGGGAAGUACGAGGAGCUGAUCGUCUGCUCCCACGAGAUCGCUGCCAGCACGGCCCAGCUGGUCGCAGCCUCCAAGGUGAAGGCCGACCGUAACAGCUCGAGGCUAACGACCUUGCAGCAGGCCUCUCGCCGUGUCAACGAGAUGGCAGCCAACGUGGUGGCCUCCACCAAGACAGGCCAGGAGCAUCUGGAGGACAAAGACACCAUGGACUUCUCUGGCAUGUCCCUCAUCAAGCUCAAAAUGGAAGAGAUGGAGUCCCAGGUGAAGGUGCUGGAGCUGGAGACGCAGCUGGAGAACGAGCGUCUGCGUCUGGGAGAGCUGAGGAAGAAGCACUACGUCAUCGCCGGUGUCCCGGUGGAGCAGCUCUCCGAGGGGAACGGACGGGCCCCCUCGCCCAGCCCCCCCGCCGCCCCCUCACCCACCCCCUCCUCACCCAAACCAAGCAAGCCUGCCGUCAUGAGGAAACCAACCUUGGCCCAGAAGCCCUACGUACUUCCCAAAAACAUGUUCAGGUAGACAGGGUGGAAAGCCCUUCUACACAGAUGGGAGGAGCUGAUUGGAGGAAGUCAACAGUCAUGUGAUCACAGGGUCCUUGGGAGCUGCACCCUGACAGUCCCGUUACACACCAGACCUUACAGCUCUCUCUCUUUCUGUUUCUCUAUCUACCCUCUAUCUCUCUCUAUCCUCUCUAUCUCUCUAUACCCUUUCUAUCUCUCUCUAUCCUCUCUAUCUCUCUAUACCCUUUCUAUGUCUUUCUAUCCUCUCUAUCUCUCUCUAUCCUCUAUCUCUCUCUAUCCUCUCUCUCUCUCUGUCUCUCUCCCUCUUGUCUCUCUCUCUCACUCCCUCUCUUCCCCUCUCUCUCCUACUCUUCUUUUGCCAAACUGAGCUCCUUCCUGAUUGGCUCAUUCUCCUCUCUGCAGGACACUGUGUGCUCCUCGUUCACCCUGGCCUCCACAUGUGCGUCUGUUAGCGUGUGUGGAAGCCUGCUGUUUCCCCAAACACAAAGGGAAACAUUUUAUUUUAGGACGUUUCGCUAAUGUUUUUAUUUUUUAUUAUUUCAUUUUUUUUAAUGCAUCAACACCAACAUUGUGUCUCAGAGCCUUUUAAACUUUAACCCAUUGCUUUUAAAAUAGGGAUGUGAUAAUCGGAUACAACAAACGUUACAACAAACGUUGGAUUAAUUACGACUCUUGAACGAGGCCUUUUUGUUGGGGGGGGGGGGUCCACCUCUUGGUGCACAGGGCAGUAGUUUGGUUGGUUUGCUGGUGUCUUUAUUGUGUGUGUGUGUGUGUGUGUGUGUGUGUGUGUGUGUGUGUGUGUGGGAGGGAUCAUAACCGUACUGUAGAACGGAACAUGUUCACUCUCUGGUCGCUGUCUCUUCUUCUAAUCCCAACCUGUGUUGUUAUAAUCAUCACGUGAACUAGAUUAGACCAUUUUAAUCCCUCUGUUUUAGAUCUCAGUUGAUUCUGGAUUAUUAUUAUUAUUACAGGUAAAAGGCACCUCUAGUCCACAACCUGUUACCAUUAUUUAAGUUGCGUCUACUGUAUACCGAUAGGAAGCUAUGUACUGUGUUUAUGCUUUUAAUAAUUUUAUGCACAAGGAUAUUCAAUCAGACAUGGGCUUGCUUGCAAGUCGAACACUAUAAUUUAUAUAGCUAGGUUGCUCUUUGAAUGUAUUGCAGGGUACACUGUGCUGUUGUGUAUGGGAAUGUACGCACACAUAGGAAAUAUGUCUUAAGUGCUACUUUCAGGCUGAAGGGGAGGGCGGAAGGGGUGACGGCACAAGAAUGGAACUGUGUCUGUUUGUGAAGCUCAUUUGUUCGUGGGAGAUUUUCUUAAAGGGUUUUACGGAGCUUUCAUGUCUAGUUCUUUCUUCUGUAUUAAACAUGUCUUUAUACUCUGAAAUCUAUUAAUAUAUUUUAGUAAAAAUCACAGUGGUUCCACCGAGUAAGAAGUGUAUAUGUCAAUGAACAAAUAAUAAAUGUUUAUAAACGUA